GUGUCCUUCCGCUUCCGGUGUGGGCCGAGGGUGGGGGGCGCCGCCGCCGCCGCCAUGGGGAAGUCGGAUUUCCUGAGCCCCAAGGCCAUCGCCAACCGCAUCAAGUCGAAGGGGCUGCAGAAGCUGCGCUGGUACUGCCAGAUGUGCCAGAAGCAGUGCCGGGAUGAGAAUGGCUUCAAAUGUCAUUGUAUGUCCGAAUCCCACCAGAGACAGCUGCUACUUGCUUCUGAAGAUCCUCAACAGUUCAUGGAUUAUUUUUCAGAAGAAUUCCGAAAUGAUUUCUUAGAACUACUCAGGAGACGAUUUGGAACUAAGAGAGUCCACAAUAAUAUUGUAUACAAUGAAUAUAUCAGCCAUCGAGAGCACAUCCACAUGAAUGCCACGCAAUGGGAAACCUUAACUGACUUUACUAAAUGGUUAGGGAGAGAAGGCUUCUGCAAAGUGGAUGAGACUCCUAAAGGCUGGUAUAUUCAGUAUAUUGACCGGGACCCAGAAACUAUCCGUAGACAACAGGAACAAGAGAAGAAAAAGAAACAGGACCUUGAUGAUGAAGAAAAAACUGCUAAAUUCAUUGAAGAGCAAGUUAGGAGAGGCUUGGAGGGGAAAGAACAGGAAAGGCCUGUCUAUACUGAACUAAACAGAGAAAACGAUGAAGAGAAAGUUGCAUUCAAUUUAAACAAAGGAGCAAGUACUUCGGUAGCAGCGUCUUCUAAAACAAGCAGUGUCCUUGGAUUGAGUGCAUUGAAGAUGGUGGGAGGAGCAGGAUCAGUUAAACGGAAAGAAUCUGCUAACAGCUCAGGUCAAUCAAAAGAGAAAAAGAAGAAAUCUGCACUGGAUGAGAUCAUGGAGUUUGAAGAAGAAAAGAAAAAAACAGCUCGAACAGACUACUGGUUGCAGCCUGAAAUUGUUGUAAAAAUUGUAACAAAAAAACUUGGUGAGAAGUAUCAUAAGAAGAAAGCAGUUGUUAAGGAGGUAAUUGACAAAUACACAGCAGUUGUAAAGAUGAUUGAUUCUGGAGACAAACUGAAACUUGACCAGACACAUCUAGAGACAGUAAUACCGGCACCAGGAAAGAAAGUUCUGGUUUUAAAUGGAGGUUACAGAGGAAAUGAAGGCAUCUUAGAAUCUAUAAACGAGAAGAACUUCUCAGCAGCAAUAAUCAUUGAAUCUGGGCCUUUAAAAGGACGGAGAAUUGAAGGCAUUCAGUAUGAAGACAUUUCCAAACUCCUUUGAGACUCAAAGCAAUGGAUCAAAGCUGACUCUUAGAAACAUCAAAUUGGUGUCCUCUAUGCAGACACACGAGACUCUACUGUGUCAGGGUUUUUAAUUUGUAUAUAUAGAAAAAACAACCUAGAUUUAUGUAAAGACCACUAUAAAUUUGUUAACAUUUGUGAAAAUCUUGUCUAAACUGAUUCUGUGUCAAAGUUGUAUUAUGUUGUCAUAUUUUCAUUUGUUUUCUAAGAUUAGGUGAUACCUGUGUGCCGGAAUAUUUUACUUACUGAACUAUGUUAAACUUAUAAAAUAUCACCAGCUAGAAAGGGCCACUUGAGGAAGGUACUGUAUGUAACACAGUCUAUAGUUUGCAUAACACACUUCUGGAUCUGCUGCCAAAACAAAAUUCUGGCUUUAGAACAAGCAAAGAGAUUUAAAAAAGGCAGGAAGGCAGCAGUGCUGUAGGGGAUUAUUUUUCUGAGUUUUGAUGAUGUACGUAAGAAUGGUUUGGUUUAUUAGUUUUAAAGUGAGUGCAAUAAAUUACAGCAGAACUUGCUUAAUCAGUACUCUGCUAAACCACACACCCAGUCAGGACCUGAUCCUGGCAUCCUCUGUGUUCCCAUUACUGAUCACGGCUGGACUUGCCUCUGUAGUGACUCCAAGACUUAACCCUUAAUUGGCAUGAUUUAUGGGGCAGUGCACUUCUGUGAAUCUGAACAGUAAAGAAAUGGCACACCUAGUUGUCUGUUCAGUUAAUAGAGAGGAAGCGAUGGUUGUGCUGGCAUAGAUUCCCCAGGGCCUAGUCCUUUGUUCACUUUAAUGCUGCUUUCCUGCUCUAUUGUGGAUCCUAAAUGAGUCACUUUUCUUUGAAUAGUUUUUAAAAUGUGUAACAUUUUGUAUAACACUUAGUGUUAAAGCAAUCUGUGGAAUAAAAGCACCUCUCUCUCAGCACAAUGUAUCCCGUAAAAGCCUCUGAAUAAUCAGGAUUGUUGUCAACUGGUGCUCCCUAGUGGAAUCAAGCCAAGAGUCCAGAUGCAUGUCUUGCUUUAUUUGCUGAAAUAACUAAAAUGCAUAGGCAGCAAAGAGUCCUGUGGCACCUUAUAGACUAACAGACGUAUUGGAGCAUGAGCUUUUGUGGGUGAAUACCCACUUCAUGGGAUGCAUGAUGCAUAAACCACCAUGGGAAGAGGAUGACACAUUACAUUUGAGCUGAUAUGCCUCUGAUUAAAUCUCAUGUGUUCUUGGAACAUGAUAUAGAAAUUAUCUUGACCCCCAGCUAAAAUAAUUAUGGAGAGCAAAUCCCACUAUUGGGCACAAUUGGGUUUUUAGAUGCACUUGAGUCAGUGCUGAUCGUCUCUUAGUAAUAGUUCUUCUGUAGCACCUAAUCAAGACAGAGGCUAUGUUGUGACAGGCGCUGUACAGACCUAGGAAGACGCAGCCCCUAACUGGAAGUUUAAAAUCAACUGAAGACAAGAAGGGAGUGAGACAAGCAAUAGGAGGUGAACGGGGAGGGUGGAUGAGUGUAACUGGUAAUAGUUACAUGGCUUUGUUUUGUCAUAACUUGAUGGAGCUGAAUCAUUGAAGUGACUGGGGCUACCAGAGGGGGAGAUGUAAGAGGUGGUGGACGGGAGGGAGGGAGGCAUUUACAUGAGUUUGGCUCAGGCUGGAGGAGAGGUUUUGGGGGUGGGGAGAGGCUGGGUAAUUGGGUGAGAGGAUGGAAGUGAAGAGGUAAAGGUGUGAAUGUGGCUGGGCAGAAGGAUGGGGAUGCAGUGGGGGGAUAAUAGGAACUAGAGCAACAAUCUGUUUCCUAAUGAUGUUACAGACAGGAAAAUGAGGGGGCUGGGGCCCAGAGCACAUCUGAUUGGUUGGAGAGGGGUGGGACGGUAGUACCACAUUCUCCUUGGCUUGUGCUGGAGCUGCUGCUGGUAGCAUAUUCUGGGGGGUUAGAGGCUGCCAGGGCUCGUUUACAGCGGAGAACACUGGGGACAGUGUUCAGUGGGGGCUGGGGUAGGCUGGCUGGAGAAUCCAGUUUUAGUCUUGAUUAAAAAUAAAAAUCUCUAACCUUCUGCUCUUUCUUGCCUCGGCAGUUUUAGGCUGAGCGAGUUUCCUUGAAAAGAUCUGACUGUGGUGUUCUUGAUUAACAUGCAAAUCUCCUCCUCUCUCUAGUCUAAUGGUUAGACAGUGCAGGAUGCUGUGCUGAUGUGUGCGUUAGCUGUGCCUCUUAUCUGAGCAAGCUGAAAGUUCAGGGCACCAUGUUAGUAAUAAGAGGCCUCUCACUGUCUUGCAUGCUAUUGAAUUUGUGGUCUCAAGGGGACCCCUGCUGGUGAAAUAGUAGAUCUACUGCAAUGAAUUGUUUCUGAGAUAGCAUUGCCGUUGCAGAUAAAAUGGCUCCUUUUGACUCCAGGAAUAGAGGUGAUGCACUGCAGAGCAGUAACAAAAAGUGGCUUUGAAAAAAAAUCUGUUGCAG